CUCAUGUAACGCCUUUGGUCUUUAGCUCAACCCCCUCAGAGGCCACGAACCACAGAGGGUAUAAAAGAUCCCAGAUCGGCUUUAUUCAGGCUUUAAACCUGCAUCACUACAGCAAAUCUUAUUCUGCAUUUCACUGGCUUUGCGAUGCUGUUCCGGACGCUGGUUGUUCCGUUGGUCUUCGCAUUAGUGGCCGUCUCUCUUUCUGCACCGAUAAAGGAUGGAACAGACAAUGAUGAGGCUGCAGCACUGAGCGCCAAGAAGAAUGGAGAUCCUCCCACUUCAAGUCCUGUGAAUGGAGACUCAGCAGGACCUUCAGACGGGACUGAUUCGUCAGAGAAUAAACAAGGUCCCAGUGACACUACAGAUAAACCAGAAGUCGAUGGUGCUCCCGAUACAUCAUCAGACACAAACAAUGACACAAGCAUGGAUGAAUCCACCGACAGCCCAGACUCCACAGAAAUUUCUAAAUCAGACACAAAAGAAGUUACAGAUGGAGAAACAUCUACUGACGCUAAUACAGACACAUCAGAGUUAAAGACAGAUGAUUCAGAGGAAAACACAGCAAAACCAUCAACGGAAGAGAAGACGGACGCUAAACAUGUGGAUACAGAGAUCGCAGACUCUACAGAAAAGCAAUCCACAGCCACGGAUGAAGUGGUGGAUAAUGACACAGACAAGGACUCGGCGAGCGUCGAAAAGAAAGACACAGAAACACCUGAUGAUACGAGCAACAGUUCUCCAGAGAAAACAGAAGAUUCACCUGACAAGGAUUCUUCAGAAAAAGGUGAACCCCAGGAAUCUGAUGAAACCGACAAAAACAAGGCAGUUAAAGACUCAGAUGACAAAAGUGAAGAUAAAAACUCGGAGGAACAAGGAACCUCUGAAAUACCAGAAAAAAGCAAAACAGACAGCGAUUCAGAUGAUGAUCAGGUCAAAGAUUCAGAUGAUUCCUCUGACAAAGAUUCAGAUGAUUCCUCUGACAAAGAUUCAGAUGAUUCCUCUGACAAAGAUUCAGAUGAUUCCUCUGACAAAGAUUCAGAUGAUUCCUCUAACAAAGAUUCAGAUGAUUCCUCUGACAAAGAUUCAGAUGAUUCCUCUGACAAAGAUUCAGAUGCUAAAGAUGCAAAGAGCACAGAGAAGAAAGACAUAGACACAGAGACCGAUGUAAACACAACUGAAAAAGACACCGACAGCACAGAGAAGAAAGACACGGACACAGAGACCGAUGUAGAUACCACUGAAAAAGACAAAGACAGCGCAGAGAAGAAAGACAAGGACUCUGAGACCAAAGUAGAAACCACAGAGAAAGACACAGGCAGCGACCAAGACACAGCAGAUUCUCCUGACACGGCGGACGUCAAGGACAGCACAGAGAAAGAAGAUGAUGGAGACAGCGAGGACACCAAAGACAAGGAUGAGACCAAGGACGACAGCGAUGAGGGUAAGGAUAAGGAAGAUGAGUCCAAACCAGAGGAGAAGGACAAGGGAGAUGAGGUUUCUCAAGAAGACGCCGGCAGCAGUCAGUCUGAUGAGAGUCCGCUGAAGGAGACGGAAGAAAAAGCUGACGUCGACAGCUCCAGUUCAGACUCGGACAGCAAGGACGACAGCAAAGACAAAGACCAGGAAAAGAACAGCACAGAAUCCAUAGACAAGGAAAGUCACAGCAGUGACAGCAAGACCGACACGGAUAGCUCAGAAACAGGAGGAGAAGAUACUGACGAUGACAAUGAGUCCAAAAGCAUGGAAAAUGAGAAACAAGAUUCCACACAGGGAGCAUCAAGUGAGACAAAUGACGACUCUGCUGUCGAUUCAAAGGACCACAGUGACUCUGCAGCAUCUACUGAGUCAUCUCACGAAACUACUGAUGAAAAUGUUGGUGCAGACAGCCAAGAUUCUUUAGAUGACAAUGAUGAUGUCAAUGAGAAGGAUGCUCCAUCUAAAAAUGAUGAUCAUCUUGAUGACACAACACAAGGGUCAGAUGAUGGCAGCAAAACCCCCGUGCCAAGCUCCUAGCGACCAGGACACUGCGACAGCAAAUGAACAGAAUUUUCCAGGAGAAACAAAAAAAAUUGCCAGACACAGUGAAGACAACCAGAGUUUCUCGUCCCAUUGAAUCACUCUAUUGACACCCUCCCUCUCUCUCUCUCUCUCUCUCUCUCUCUCUCUAUCUCUCUCUCUCAGUCUGUGGUGAAAGGUUUUGGGAAGCAGAUUAAAUUAUUCGGCUGUUUGGUGUACAUUCCAUUUUUUAACGUUGUCCUAACACUAGAAGAUUUUUUUCUUUUGAUCAGUCUUAGAUGGAAAUACAUGAUGAAAAAUGAAAGGUAUAAAAUGUUACAUCUCAUGUAUUUGUCUUUGUAUUUAGGGUCUAAAUAUAUACUGACACAUUACGAGUGACAGAUUAAAUCUAGGCAGUAGAACUAACUGGAGGAAUGUAGAAUCCUUUAAGACCGAAGAUUUGGGUCACAAGAGUUGUUAUUGUUUCUGGGUUUUCUUCUGUUUUUCAUUACUGUGUCCCCACUGUGUCCCCAUCCUUAACAAUGAGACGCUGCAGCUGCUACAAUGAAACAAUUCGUCCUGACUCUCAAAUGAACAUCAAUCUGAAAUGUCACCGGAUGAUGUUUUUGACCCGCCCAAAAAUGAUUUAAUGACUGUACAGACAAUUUAUGAUAGAAUCUAUUAAGUCUCUUUGGAAGAAUACUAAUAAACUAGCAACGUAAGAGCACAGAUUGUCUUGGAAAAAUGUUACAAAAAAUGUUGUAUAGAUUAAAAGUCAUUUUAAUAUGUACACAGGGAGCAAACUAAUAAAGGGUUGUCAGGAAAUCAGUGGA